AUGGGUAAGGAGAAGACUCACAUCAACAUUGUGGUGAUCGGCCACGUGGACUCCGGGAAGUCUACCACCACGGGCCACUUGAUCUACAAAUGCGGUGGGAUCGACAAACGUACCAUCGAGAAGUUUGAGAAGGAAGCGCAGGAGAUGGGCAAGGGAUCCUUCAAGUAUGCCUGGGUACUGGACAAGCUCAAGGCGGAGCGUGAGCGUGGUAUCACCAUUGACAUUGCCCUGUGGAAGUUUGAGACUGCCAAGUACUACGUCACCAUCAUUGACGCUCCUGGCCACAGGGACUUCAUUAAGAACAUGAUUACUGGAACCUCUCAGGCGGAUUGCGCUGUCUUGAUAGUUGCCGCUGGUACCGGAGAGUUCGAAGCCGGUAUAAGCAAAAAUGGGCAGACACGUGAGCAUGCCCUGCUCGCCUUCACUUUGGGGGUGAAGCAAUUGAUCGUUGGCGUCAACAAGAUGGAUUCCACUGAACCACCCUACCAUGAGGCGAGAUACGAGGAAAUUAAGAAGGAAGUCUCUUCUUACAUCAAGAAGAUUGGGUACAACCCGGCCACGGUGGCCUUCGUGCCGAUCUCGGGCUGGCACGGUGAUAACAUGCUGGAGCCGUCUGACAAGAUGCCCUGGUUCAAGGGGUGGACCAUCGACCGUAAGGAAGGCAAGGUUGAGGGGAAGACUCUGAUUGAGGCGUUGGACGCGAUCCAACCACCAUCCCGUCCCACGGAGAAGCCUCUCCGUCUUCCUCUUCAGGACGUGUACAAGAUUGGUGGUAUCGGAACAGUUCCUGUAGGACGUGUUGAGACUGGCAUUUUGAAACCAGGUAUGGUCGUGGUGUUUGCUCCGGCUGCCAUCACCACUGAAGUAAAGUCUGUGGAGAUGCAUCAUGAGGCGCUCCAGGAAGCUAUGCCUGGUGACAACGUUGGGUUUAACGUGAAGAACGUGUCGGUGAAGGAGUUGCGUCGUGGGUAUGUGGCUGGUGACUCCAAGAACAAUCCCCCCAGGGGAGCUGCUGACUUCACUGCUCAGGUGAUUGUCUUGAACCAUCCCGGGCAGAUCAGCAACGGAUACACCCCGGUGCUUGACUGUCACACUGCCCACAUUGCUUGCAAAUUUGCUGAGAUCAAGGAGAAAUGUGACCGUCGUACUGGUAAAACCACUGAAGUGGAACCGAAGUCCAUAAAGUCUGGUGACGCGGCCAUCGUCACCCUGAUGCCGACAAAGCCACUCUGCGUUGAGUCUUUCCAGGAGUUCCCGCCGUUGGGACGCUUCGCUGUGCGUGAUAUGCGUCAGACCGUCGCAGUGGGAGUCAUCAAGAGCGUGACCUUUAAGGAGGUGACCACUGGUAAAGUCACCAAAGCCGCCGAGAAGGCCCAGAAGAAAAAAUAA